AUAUGCUAUUUUUCUAGUUUCAGUACUCCUCAUGUCCUGGUUUGGAGUGGAACAAGUAAAAGCGAAUUCCUGCAUCAGAACUGCAUUGUGGGCAAUAAGUCUCUGCCCUCUUGUACAGGCGGAAUGCCAAACUCGCACGAUAUACUGUUAUGAGUGUGACAGUUGGACGGAUAUACGCUGCAAGGACCCGUUCAACUAUACCGCCUUGCCACGCGACCAACCGCCGCUGCAGACCUGCAACGGCUGUUGCGUCAAGAUGGUGCGGUAUUCGAAGAGCCCGUACGAGGUCGUCAGACGCACGUGCACCUCGCAGUUACAAAUCAACCUGUUCAUGGUGGACCACGUUUGCAUGAUGGAAAGUACUGGCACUGGCCACAUGUGUUUCUGUGAGGAGGACAUGUGUAACGGCGCGGGGGCGCUCAGAUCCGCGAUGAUGACGCUUCUCACACUGACGCUCGCAUGUGCAUGCCUGAGGUGAAGUAGAUUAGAAUUGUUGCGACUGGGU